AUGGUACAAACUGGUAAAAUUCAAGCCAUGGUAAAUAAAGGUGGAUGUCAACCAAGUCACUUGAUGUUUGCAGAUGACAUUUUCAUGUUUUCUAAUGGGCAUAAGAAGACUCUGCAAAAUUUGAUGGAACUACUAGAUAAAUACCAAAAAGCAUCAUGUCAAGUGGUGAAUAAAGAAAAAAGCAAGUGUUUUGUUGGUGGAGUUUCAGACUUAAGAAGAAAUGAAAUAGAAAAUGCUCUGCAAAUGGAAGUAUCUAUUUUUCCUGACAAAUACUUACGAGUGAUACUUAAUCCAGGCAGAGUAAAAACACAUCAAGUGUGGGGGAUGGUGGAAAUGAUGCAGAACAUGUUAGCUGGAUGGAUGGGGAAACUGCUAGCCUUUUCUGCCAGAUUAACAUUGGUUAAGUAUGUGCUUUGUAGUAUGCCAAUAUACAUAAUGUCAGUUUAUAAAUGGCCCAAAUCAGUAAUUCUUACUUGUGAGAGAAUAAUCAGAAACUUCUUGUGGUCUGGUGAUCCUAAUGUAAAGAAGCUAGUCACGGUCAAAUGGGACCAAGUAAAUGCAUCUAUAGAAGAAGGAGGAUUGGGAUUGAGAAGAUUAGAAGUGAUGAAUUAA